AUGGCUUCUAAAUUCUCCCUCCAAGUACUCUUCCUAGUCCUCGCCACCGUCGCACCUCACGUGAUCCUAGCACGUGACCUCCACGGCCACAAAUCAUAUCCACGUCUAUUUCCUCAACAUCUUGCAGGAAGUGACAAGGGCAACACAAUAGAAGGAAUCCACGACAUGAAGAUUUACCUACAACGUUAUGGUUACUUGACCAAUAAUAAUAAUGUCGAAAUUACCAACGACAACGGCUUCGACGAUGUCUUGGAAUCCGCGGUGAAAAAGUACCAAAAAUUCUUCAAGCUUAAUGUAAGUGGGAUUUUGGAUGCGGAGACAUUGGACCUAAUGUCCAAGCCUCGAUGUGGGGUUGCAGAUUUCUUCACCAAAGACAACGAAGAUGAGCAAGAGCAUCAUAAUCUCCGCGUGAACGGUUCUCAUUACACUUUAUUCCCAAACAGGCAAAGAUGGCCGGUUUCCAAGUACCACCUAACGUUCGGAUUCAUUCACCAAUUCCCACGAGAGUUCAUCGCGCCCGUGGCUCGAGCCUUGAAGAGUUGGGAUUCGAACACCAUGUUUAGUUUCUCACCAGCAGCGCACUGGCCAGCCGCUGACAUCGUACUAAGCUUCGAAAGAAGGGACCAUGGAGAUGGGGCUCCUUUCGACGGGCUAGGGGGAAUUUUGGCGCAUGCGUCGGGGCCGAACGAGGGGAGAGUGCACUUCGACGGGGACGAGAAUUGGUCGGUGGGGGUGGCUGCUGAUAGGCUUAACCUGGAGAUGGUGGCGCUCCAUGAGCUUGGACAUGUUCUUGGGCUGGGACACAGCACCGUCAAAGAGGCCGUCAUGUGGCCGUACGCGGGGCUCGGUGAAGGCAAGGUCGUCUUGCAUCCUGAUGAUAUUGCGGGAAUCCGUGACUUGUACAAGUAG